AUGGCUCCUCCUCCGGCCGCGGGCUUGCCGCUCACCGAGCGCUUGCUGACCCUCGCAAAGACGCUGCAAUUCGGCUGGUUUGUUGGCCACCUCACGCUCAUCCUCUGCACACUGCGCUACUCGCUGUCCUGGAUCCGCUUCAACUACACCACGUUCUGGCCGCGCUUCUCCUACCGCACCGCCUUUGUCGCCGCCGCCGCUACCUACGGCAUCGUCGUCUACAAGACCUUCAAGGCCCGCGCCAAGACCGGCCGCGCUCCCGCCGGUGCUGCCGGUGCUGCCGGCAUGCUGGCCGACGAGAACGUCCAGUACCUGCUCAUGGCCCUCGUCUGGCUCUACUCGCGCCAGUACAUCCUGGCCAUGCUGCCCUACACCAUCUACUCCGUCUUCCACGUCGCCACGUACACCCGCACCAACCUCAUCCCGACCCUGGCGCCCCCCAAGCCGCUCGCCCCUGCCGCCAACGCGGCGCCCGAUGCCAAGCCCCAGUAUGCCACCCAUCCCGUCGCCGAGUCCAUUGGCAAGUUUGUCAAGCAGUACUACGACUCGUCCAUGUCCGUUGUGGCUCUGCUCGAGAUUGUCCUGUGGGGCCGCCUGUUUUUGUCUGCCGUUACCUUUGCCAAGGGCUCGUGGAUCCUGCUGGCCGUCUACACCGCGUUUCUGCGUGCUCGCUUCUCGCAGAGCACCCACGUCCAGAGCACCUUUGGCCAGAUCGAGGCCCGCAUCGACAACCUCACGGGUGCCCAGGGCAUGAACCCGACCGUGCGCCAGAUCUGGGAGACGACCAAGAACGGUGUUCGCCAGGCCUAUGCCGCCACCGACCUGCAAAAGUACGUUGGCGGUGCCGCCCAGGCUCCGCGCAAGACACAGUAA